AUGAGCAACAACAAUAACAUUGUUGAUGAUAUAGCGACUGAUCAAGACGACCAUGGUCGCCUCGACAGCAACAGCAACAGCAACAACAUGAACAAUAGCUUGGCUCAAUCUUCAACUACAUCGUCAUCAUAUAGCAACAACAACAACAACAGCAGUCGAACAACGACAACAACGAUCAAUGAUAAUGUAAAGGUGUGUGUACGCACUAGACAUCUGAUUGGCAACAAUGAGUUGGCAAAGACAAGAUGCCUCACAGCACUACAAUCACAGAAUACUAUAAUGUUGGACGCCAAGCCUGAUGCCAAGUUGUUCUCAUUCGAUUAUGUGGCCGACGAGAACACCACUCAGGAACAACUGUUUGAUGCCGUGGCUCGUCCUAUUGUGGACUCUUGCAUCGAUGGAUACCACGGCUGCAUCUUUGCCUAUGGCCAGACGGGCAGUGGCAAGUCCUACACGAUCAUGGGCGAGCCACACGACCGUGGACUCAUUCCACGCACGUUCCAACAUAUCUUUGAGCGACUGGAUGGCAACCAGGACCCCAACACCACCUACCGCUGCACACUCUCAUUCCUCGAGAUCUACAACGAGCAGAUCAUGGAUCUGUUUGUAGAGACGUCGCCAAACCUAUCGAUACGCGAGGAUCUAAAACGAGGCAUAUACGUCGAGGGUCUGACCGAGAUUGAAGUCACUCACACACUCGCCGCCAUGGACUUGCUCGAGAUUGGUGUGGCCAAUCGCCAUGUUGCCGAGACCGCCAUGAACUCAAACAGUUCACGAUCACACAGUGUCCUCACCAUCAACAUCGAGUCAACAACUAUCAAUCCAGAUGAUGGCCUGACAAAGAUCAAGAAUGCAAGACUUAGUUUGAUUGAUUUGGCUGGAUCUGAGCGCCAGAAGAGUACAGAGGCGGCAGGAACACGUUUGAAGGAGGCUGGCAGCAUCAACAAGUCAUUGUCAUGUCUUGGAAAUGUUAUUCGAUCAUUGGUGGACGUGGCCAAUGGCAAGCCCAGACACGUUCAGUACAGAGACUCCAAGCUCACUUUCCUGCUCAAGGACUCAUUGGGUGGCAACAGCAAGACAUACAUCAUAGCGACAGUUUCACCCAGCGAGCUAUAUUACAGCGAGUCAUUGUCCACACUUCAGUUUGCACAACGCGCCAAGAGUGUGCGCAACAUGGCCAUCAUCAAUGAGGAGGCCAGCGGCAACAUCACACUGCUUCAGAUGGAGAUCCGCAAGCUGAAGGACGAGCUGUAUCGUUGCCACACCAGCGGCCAGUUUGGCACACUGCCUCCGAUCUCUGCGGACGCGCAGUGGAUGAGCCAACUGGUGCCGGCCGACCCUCGGACGCAGCCAUACGAAGCGCGCAUCCACGAGCUCGAGGUGUUACUGUCGCGCUCUCUCGAGCGUGAGGAGGCGCUCAGCGAGCAGCAGCGCAAGACUGAGCACGCUCGUCGGCAACAGAAGCUGCUUUGCGAGAAGAAAGAUCAUUUCCUGCAGUCGACCAGGUUUGUUCUAAAGCUGCGCGAGAGUCACAUUGCAAGACUGGAGGGACGCACUGGUGUUCUCUACUCAUCCCUGGAGGAGGAGCAACACGAGGAGAUACAGGAGCUCAGGAAGCAGGUUCGACUGCAUCCAGAGAUCACGCGCUAUGCCAUCGAGAACCUGGAACUGCGCGAUAUACUCAACAGCUACGAGAUGUCAUUCCGCGAGGGAAAGGACAGCUACGAAGAUCAGAUCAUCUCGCUCAAACAACAGAACAGGGAGUUGGUCAGCGAGGCCAAGCAACUGUUGAACGACAAGUUGGCCAGGUCCCUGGAGACCGCCGCGUCGGCGGGACAGCGAACGGAUGAGUAUCAAUCGCCGUACAAGUCCAAGGACACCCCGUCCACGCCUGCACAGGUGGAGCGACGUCGAUACAACAAUGAGCGAGCAGGACAGCAGCAGUGGGAGCAGGAGAAGAAGGAAAUGGACGCACAGUACCAGGAGCUACAUGCCCGCUUCCUCCAGACACAGGCAGACCUCGAGUCUACCAUGACGAGAAUGAGUGAUGAGAAUGCCAGACUGCAACAGGUUCGCGCAGAUCACGCCAGAGAGAUCGAGGCCAUCAGGCGAUCAAACGACAACAUGGUGGAGAUGAUGAAGAAGGCGCAUGCCCUGAAGCUCGAGCAGUAUACGACAAUGAAGGUCAAAGAGGACCUGCUUUUGCGAGAUUUGACUGAAGGAUUGAUCAAGUUGGAACAGGAGAACAACGAGCUCAAGGAGGCCAAGGUCAAACUGCUGUCUGAGCUCUGCGAAAAGAAUGAGGAGAUCAACAAUGUGCGUCUGUCGCUCGAUUCUGCUCAACUCUCAUCACAGAGGAUGACCGAGGUGUUCAUUGGCACCCCACUUCGAAGCGAAGAGCGAUACAGUGCUGGCCAGGAUGAUCCAGAGGACAGCGAACCAAUCAAGUUCAAUGUCCAUGUUGAACAACAUGAACUGGAGGUUGCAAACAGAGACAAGAUGAAUAAUCUGGAAAGCAAGAUACACGGCAUGGAGUUGGAGAUUCAGAGUCUAAGGAAGCAACUUGAAGACAAUGAUCAAUUAUUGGAAGCAUAUGAUAGAGAGAACAAUGCUUUGCAAGAGGCCAAUGAGAUGAUGUCCAAUCAAAUCGAGGCGGCAGCAAGUAUCCAAGUCACAUCAUCACAGUCAUCACCCAGUGCAAGCGAUGAACAUGAUACAUUUGACAAGAAGGUCAAGCCACUCCUGGCAAUGAAGGAUGAUGAGAUCAAUCGUCUACAGUCAGAGCUCAUUGCAAAGGAUACACAUUCCAAACAACUGGGCGACACGAUCAAGAACCAGAUGACAACAUUGACAGACAUGGAUGCAUGUUACAAGGAACAAAUUAUGGAGUUGUCUUCACAGGUGGAGAUCAAUGUGAAGCAGUUGAAUGAGAAGGAGGAACAGUUGAUAAAUGCUGAGCGACACUUUGACACAACACUCCUGGAGGCAAAGGGUCGAAUGAACGAUGAGUUUGAGAGAAAGUACGCAAAACUGUCCCAAUCACUAAAGGAAGAGUACAACAGGAAUAUCAAGGCAUUGAAUGGUGAGAUACUGGCACUCCAAGCACGUCUGAUAUCCCCUCAAUCACCAGAGCAUCAGCAACUCCAGGACAAGUACCGUGAGCUUCAAAAGGAAUACGACGUUGUGGUUGAUUCAAUUGAUGAUUAUCAAGAGAGGAUUGCUGCACAGAUAAUGGAGAUCACAAAGUUAAACAACAAACUCAAGAGGUUUAAUGGACCGGAAUACGUUGAUGAGUCAGAGAUCAUUAUCAUAUCCAGCGACGACGAGGAUUAUGUACCGCCACCUCCUCCACCCGAGCCAGAGUUGGACAUUAGCAAGAUUGUUAUAAAGAAGAACCCAAAUGAACCCGAGGAAGAGGAGGAUGAGAUUAACCUUGACAAUCUCAACCUCACAGAUAUAUCGACAACAUCAGCAACAACUUCAACAACACAAAACAAUAUGUCAAUGUCUGAGUUGAACUCGGAUGUAACAGGAGCACGAUCAAACAAGGCCAUAAGCAACAAUCUUUCAAUCAUCUCUCAGAUUGCAGAGUUGGAGCGAUCCUUCCACUCGACAAAGAUACACAACAACUCGAAUUCCAGUGUCGAUGGUAAUGAUUCAAUUCAAUAA